CACGCUGUUAUAAACACGAGACGGCGGCGCCUCAGUGAACACGUCUGGUCUUACACGGUGGCAUACUGCGAUCCUCGAUGCUGCUCUUCAACAUGCAUUUACUAUGGCUGGUAAUGAUGGGGGCUUUCAUGGGAAUGGCUGCUGCUCAGGCCAGCUGUGACCCACGGACUCAAUACGCAAAGGAUGGAGGGUGCUGUCAGAUGUGCGGGCCAGGGACUAGCAUGUCCAACAGCGAUUGUGAGAACCCUCGGUGUGACCCAUGUGGGGAGGAUGAAUUUCAGGAAAAGUAUACAAACGCGUCCAAGUGUGAGCGGCAGCGGUACUGUGAUUCACAUAAAAACUUUGAGGAGCCAGGCCAAAGAAGCAAGACGGAGAAAUACAACUGCAAGUGUAAAUAUGGAUUCCACUGCUCCAGCGAGGAGUGUUUAACCUGUGUCGAACACACACCCUGUGCCCCUGGAUUUGGGGUUAAAUCCAUAGGCAACCACUCAUAUGACACAGUGUGUGAGAGAUGUGCACCGGGUACAUUUUCGAAUGAGACGUCAUGGAGCGGUGUGUGCCACAAAUGGACAAAAUGUGCGGUGGGAGAUCAUGAGGAAGAAAGCGGAACGGACACCACGGACAAAAAAUGCGCAUCAUCGGCACGGAGGCACAUUAUUAUCAUCGUGAUUGUUGUGAUCGCAGUUGUUGUAGUUGUAAUCCUGCUUUUAAUCUACCAAGCAGGAUGCAUAAAACGAAAGGCAAAGGGCUAUUUUAAACCAGAGCCGUGUCAACAACAAGAAACCCCAAAGAUGGAGACCAAAAUCCUCAUGCCAAUGACACCUGAGGAGAAUGACGACAAUGAAGACAGCCACGAGCUGUCAUCAGAGGGCCUAACGGAGAAAGGCAACCGUGUCAUGCAGGAGAGGGGCAAAGAGGAAAUCAUAUCUCGCCAGGAGUCUCAGCUGGAUUCUCAAGAAGACAGUUUUGAGAAGAUAGUUUCUUAAUGUGACAUAUAAUUCAGAAUAUAAAACGCUGUUGUCUCAUUUCAUUUGCACUAAGGUUCUGAGACCUAAACACACACUUAGACUACACCAUACAUGGGGUGCAGUGGUUAACGCAAAUGCCUGAUAGUAUAUCUAUCUAUUCCUAAUAUUACCCAAGAAAAUUUGUGUCUCCAGCUGCAAUUAAACCAACAACACUUGUGUUAACCACUGCAUCACAUAUAUGGUGAGUGCGUUUGUGUGUGUAUGAGUGUAGGGUAAACCCUGUACAGGUCACCAUCCUGUCGCAGGGUCAACACAGAGACAAACAACCAUCCACACUCAUAUUCACACCUCUGGGCAAUUUAGAGAGCCC